UGGUUCGCUGACGAUCAACGUGCGUUUUGUAAAGAUACUCUGUAUUUUAUCCAUUGUUUUUGUCUGCAAGAACAACUUCAACCAUCUGAAUUCAGGGCACAAAUGCAUGAAAAAGAACUAUUUUCAGUGCAGAAUUUUGUAAAGACAGAGUAACUCCAUCAUGGAUUUCCAGCAUCGAGCUGGAGGGAAAACUGGGUCAGGAGGUGUGGCCUCCGCCUCCGAGUCCAAUCGUGACCGCCGGGAGAGGCUGAGACAGCUGGCUCUGGAGACUAUUGAUUUAAAUAAGGACCCAUAUUUUAUGAAAAAUCACUUGGGAUCUUAUGAGUGCAAACUUUGUCUUACGCUACACAACAACGAGGGCAGUUAUUUAGCUCACACUCAAGGGAAAAAGCAUCAGGCAAAUUUAGCUCGACGUGCAGCCAAGGAGGCUAAGGAAGCCCCAGCUCAGCCUGCUCCAGAAAAGCCCAGAGUUGACAUCAAGAAAUUUGUGAAAAUCGGUCGCCCUGGUUACAAAGUAACCAAGCAGAGAGAUGAGGAAUCCUCACAGCAGAGUCUUCUUUUCCAGAUUGACUACCCUGAGAUAGUGGAAGGGAUCACCCCCAGACACAGGUUCAUGUCUGCCUAUGAACAGAAAGUGGAACCCCCAGACAAAAAGUGGCAGUAUUUGCUGUUUGCAGCAGAACCAUAUGAGACCAUUGCAUUUAAGGUGCCAAGUCGAGAAGUGGACAAAGACUCUAAAAAGUUAUGGUCAGUUUGGAACAGGGACACAAAGCAGUUCUUCCUGCAGUUUGCCUUCAAGUAUGACCCAAAAGCUCUUCAGAGUUCUCUUCCCCAGCCUCCACCCCCUCCCAUACAUACUCCAGGAGCCCCUAACUUUGGCCCAACCCCUCCUCGCCCAGGCAUGCCUCCUCCACCCAGACAGGGUAUGCCACCCCCUCCACGCAUGCCACCCCCUCCACCUGUACCCCCGAUGUUGGCAGGAGGUCCACCCCCGAUGAGACCGCCUCCACCCAUGCCUCCUCCUGGUGGCCCCCCUCCAGCUCCUCCCUCCCACAUCCCAACCCCUGGCCCUCCACCACCAUCUGCACCCCCUCCCCCACCUGUACCGCCACCGGUACCACCUCCAACAUCAACGGGCCCGCCCAUGGCUCCACCCCCUCCACCACCCCCAUCAUCAUAGUCAAGUUUUUGUCCACCCUGUUUCUUAGGGUCAUAACAGAUGAGAAGACUUUCGAUAAUCGUGUUCAGUGAAUUCAUGAAUGUUGACUUUCAGAUAUGUUUUUAUUUUGUCUGAAAUUAAAAUUUUAUUGUCAUGCAUAGGAGUCUGUUUUUGGUAAAUGUAACAGUUCAAACACUGAUUUACAAUGGAAAAUGUAUGUGUCUAUACAUGAAUCAUUAUUUGGAACAUCAUAAACAUGAAUAAAAUUUUAUCGAACUCUGGUGCAUUUUGUAUGUAUUGUUUCAUUUCCAAUGAAACAGGCUUAUUGUCUUCCAAAACUGUACCAUUAAAUUUUAUUUCAUAAAAUUAA